AUGGGAGAGCUCUCAGGGCUAUCGUUGCCGGGCGAACAGAAUAGUAAAGUCGAAGAAGACCAGACAUCCAAAGCACUACAUCAUGAUCUAGCUCGGUCUUUGUCAAAAGGAAGAAAAUACGCUCUUCUAGCGGUAUUCUCAAUGGGAUUGUUCAUGGAUGUCGUCGGUUUCUCCGUCUUCUUCGUCAUGGUCAGUUCCACUGCGGAGGAUUUAGGCAUUAGCACGGCUGAAGAGACAUGGAUCAUUACCAGCUACGGGGUGACAUUCGCGUCGUUCUUGCUAUUUUGGGGAAGAGUCUCAGAUCUAUAUUCACCCAAAUUAGUGUUCACUUUCGGCUUCAUCGGAUUGGGCAUCGCAAACAUCAUCAUCUCGUUCUUGACGAAUCCAAUCGCGUUCUUCGUGGUCAGAGCAAUCAGCGGGCUCUGCGGUGCUUGUCUGGUUCCAUCGUGUUACCGUCUAAUUACGUCCAUCUUCACCAAAGAAGAGCUUUCAUUCGCUUUCACGGUGUAUGGUAUCACUGGGUCUAUAGCCAAUUCAUCUGGUGUGAUCAUUGGAGGAGCUCUUUUGCAGAUCCCUGCCACGGGGCAGUUGGUAGGUUGGCGUUGGUACUUUAGAAUUGCAGCGGCUCUCAUCCUGCCAGCAGCGACCUUAUCCUUCUUUCUGAUACCCAAAGCAAGAGGUGAGAAUGCCGCUUCUCAUUCCAAGUUGAAGCGGAUGGAUCUGCCGGGUGUCUUCCUCAUUCUCUCCGCUUCCUUACUGUUAAUCGUCGGCUUGACACUCGGCGCAUCACGUGGAUUCAGCAGGCCCUCGUUCUACGUCCCACUCAUCAUCUCUUUCCUACUAUACCCGUCGUUCUUCCUAUGGGAAAGACGGCUUGAAGACGGUUUCGCUCUUAUCCCCUCGCGCACAUGGCAGAAUCCAAAUUUCCUAUUGUGGUCAGUCCUUGCGUUGCUAGUGUACGGUUGGUGGGCUGCAGAAUUCGUCGCCCAGGCAGAAACGUAUAUGCAAGUGCAUAACGACCUUCCGAUUAUCGCGGGUAUAAGGCUGUUGCCACAAGGUAUCACCGCAUUUAGUAUGAGCUUGGUGCUGAUCAAAUACCCGCCAUAUCCACCAAACCUCGUUUCGCAGUCAUCGGCGGUUUCGUCGUCUCAAUCGUAG